AGAAAAGAUUUGUAAAAAAAAAAACGAAAAGAAGAAGGUAAAUCCAUCUCAAUAUUAGUUUUCUUGUCAGAAAAACGAAUCUUCAUUUGCUCUCUCUCUCAAAGCUUUGCUUCGACAUAUGGCUAAAUUCCGCGCUCUCGUCGUCUAGGGUUUCUGUCUCAAACAAAUCACUGUUCAUCAUCAUCAUCACUCACUUUAAUUUUAUGUGAUCAAUGCGUGGAGGUGUUACCAAGUUCAAUCAAAGUAGCUGAUAUAAAUGAUUCAAAUGGCAUUUGAUCCUUCCACAAGAGCAAUAUUGAACAUUUAACUCUUUAAUCAAAUUUGAUAUUGGAUAGUUUUGAAGGCAGAAGCUUCCAAUAUAUUCCAAGAUUGCAGAAUAAACCACCGGCUAGUUCAAUGAUAAAAAAUAACGUGUCACUUUAUCUAUUAAGUUUUACCUGACUCAUUAGUGUCCUAUCUACAUCAAGAAAAGAAUUGGAGAUAAUCAAUGCAAUACACUUGUAGCUUUGACUUAAAUUUAAGUGGCCAAUUGUUGAGUGUCCUAAAAACUGUACGAGAUGCAUCGAGUCCUAGAUGUUGUAAAAAUGUUAUACAAUGCUUAGAUUGAGUUUGAUGUAAUACAAGGAAAAUAUAGUUGUGACCAAAAAGUAUCAAACAACAUUACAAACAAACCUAUCUUCUCAUGAGCUAAACCUUACAAACAAACCUAUCUUCUCAUGAGCUAAACCUUUUGUCUCUCAAACAACUGCCAUGACUUUGCUAUUUAGAUCCUCUUUCUAUGUUAAUCUGGUGUCAUCGGUGAAUUAUACACACUCGAAUUGCCCCAUUGGCAGUGAUGAGGUCGUCAUUUUUUUUUUAAAUCAAUGCUUUAUACCUCGGAUGCAAUUUCAUUGGCGUCAGGGCCUGGAAAAAAAUGGAUAACUUGGCGCUAACAAAGAUGAGGAAAGAUGUGGGAAAAUGGGACGGAAAUAUUAAGCUUCACUCUAGGUUUUUAUGUUUGCUUUUGUCUCCAUUGCUAAAGUCUAGCCUCCUUAUUUUCUCUUGAUGUAUAAAUAAAUGAACAGUUUUGUUAUAAUAAAUAUAUUUGUAUUUGAUAGGAAAAGUCAAGGAGAUUUAAAUCAUUGUUGACUACUGAAAAAAUUAAUUAAAAGAAAAUAAACUAAAUCAAGAUCAAAGCUUUCAGCCAAAGAGAAAACAUCUAGUCCCGAGCUUAGCUGAAAAGGUGAAACAAAUUCCAUACCCCUUCCUCCCCACGACUAACCAUAUUGUUUGGCAAAUCCCCACAAAUCUAUUUUCUUUCUUACUAACUUUCCUGCAAUAGGUGUUAAUCCCCACCUAUCUGUGAGAAUAAACUUGCAGAACAUUUUGGGCCUAAUAUUAAUUUUUGUGUAUGUAGUCUAUCAUAUAGUUUUUAUUUUUUAUUAUGGUAACAAUGACCAAACACACUCUGUUUUACUCAGAGGCCUUAUAUUUUUGCUUUUUGUUGUUGGGCGAUAUGCCCCAAUGCACUCUGUCCUCCUUAUCGAUUAAUCUUAUCGUGGUAUUGGAAGAAUUUUUGGUCGAAUCUUUGACUCUUAUGGUUCUAAUUUUCACCGUUGCUUGCUUUGAAUGAAACUUCUACCUCCCAGUUUUGGAUUUUAUCUUAGACCUUUACUUGAAUGUGGAAAAUGGAAGGUAGAAAGUAGGGAGUGUAAAUGAAAGGUUGGAUUGUUUAUUUUCUCAUUUUUUACACAGCAGAGAAGGCAGAUAAUCAAAGGAUUGAAAAGUAAUUUCAAUUCUAUUGCAUAGGACUGAAAAUCAAGAGCACACAGCUUUAUUCAAAGAGAAGCUCUAUUGUUGACAUGAGUGAAACUGGCAGAAAGCGCUCUUCAAAGUGGGAUUUGAGUGAUGAACACAGGCAAAUGCGAUCUGGGUGGUCCUCUGCAGAUGUUGCUGGUAACAAUAGUUCAAAAUGGGCUUAUUCGGAAGGAAAUGAUAAAUUAAGACCUGUUAUGGGAUAUUCAUCAAAAGAAUCUUUUUCUGGAGGCAGAGGUUCAUAUGAGGAUGAUGCUAUGAAUGAAGACCAUAGAAUUUUGGAUACAAGAAGAGAAUGGAACACUGAUGGAAGUUACAGCAAGAAAAGGUCUCCUUGGCAAGAGGAAUGGGAACCAAAGAGACGCAGUCAAUCUCCAAUAAAUGGUUGGAACAGGAGCAGUCGGAGCCGGAGUCAGAGCCGGAGCCCUCCUCGUGGUUUUAGGCGGGAUUCAGGCAUUGAUGACAGAAAAAGGAUGAGGGUUGUAGGAUCAACGCGACCGUGCAGAGAUUUUGCUGUUGGUAAAUGCAGAAGAGGCAGUCUUUGCAAUUUUCUGCAUCAUGAUAACCAAAAUCGUGAGAAUAGUUGGGAGGGUAAGCACAGGGAAGAUAGAGCUCCCAGAUACUCUGCUACGCAUGAGAGAGGUGACCAUUCUCUUAAGAGUGGUAGAUCUAUGCACGAUAACGAUUCUGACGGAUAUGGUAAAGUUUCUAUGGAUGAAUUCACUAGAGAAAGGGAAGAUAGAGCUCCCAGAUAUCCACCCCAUGAGGACGGGGACCGUUCUCUUAAGAGGGGCAGAUCUAGUGAAGUUUGUACAAAUUUUGCAAAAGGCAGGUGUAGAAUGGGAACAUCUUGCAAGUUUGUGCAUGAUAACGAUUCUGAUGGAUAUGGCAAAGUUUGUAUGGAUGAAUUCACUAGAGACAGGGAAAUUGACAGAAGGCACAGAGAUAAUUCUUUUGAGCAGGGUGGCCGGCAUGUGCCUAAUCGCACUAGUGAUACUCCUUGCAAAUUUUUUGCUAAUGGAAAUUGUCGAAAUGGUAAAUUUUGUAAGUUUUCUCACGAUAGGCAAGCAUGUAGGAGCCCUAAUAGAAGAUUAAGGGAUGAUAGAUGGGCAAGAAAUCCAGGUAGAGAUCAUCAAAUGUUGGAUAGACAAAAAUGGAGUGAUUCCAUGAGUCCAAAUAGAAGGCCAAGAGAUGAUAGAUGGGGUUCGGAUGGCGAUGUGGCUGAUCCAGAUAGAGUUGGGGACAGUCCAAAGCGAAAUAAUAAAGUUUCUGUCUCUGAUACAACAAAGCUGAUCGAGAAUAAAAGUGGAAAUGUAGAUGCCACAGACCCAGGAUUUACUACUUUAUCUGUAACGGAUGGAUAUGGGCAUGAAUUAGAUAAGAGUGAGCUGCAUGGUAAACCACCAAUUUCAAGUGAUACGAAGGAAGCUGAUUGUUGGAUAGAAGAAAAUACCGGUGGCAACAUGCACGGAUCCCAUUCAAUAGUUACAAAAGACAUUUGGCCAGGUGAUGCAGAAAUGUCUCCUGAUUGGAAUUAUAAGACAGGACCUUCCAGCCAUAUGGAAGAACCUGGACAGAAUAAGCACGGUAUAAGGCAGGGUGGUACAUAUUUAGCCAUCUCAGAACCCGACAGAGUACAACUUGCUCCAGGACAAAGCAUCAAUCAGAAUGCACAGAAUGUUAAUCCUUUGCAUACUUCCAGCUGCCAUGAAGUUGAACAAAGUCAAGUGGAUGUUCCCAUUCUUCCUUCAAGUGGAGGAAUUGUUGAUGCUACACACAGACAAGAAGUAUCUACUGAGAAAAAGUACACUGUGGAACCAAAUAUCACAGAUUCAGGCUUAUCACAAGUUAGGUCAAUAAAUCCUCCAACACAAAAUGCCGUAAGCAAUGAACAACUUGCUCAACUCACAACCUCUCUGGCUCAUAUCCUAGGAGCAGGUCAGCAGCUGCCGCAGCUAUAUGCUGCUUUAAAUUCUCACGAUUUAAAGGACAGUCCUUCUCAAGCAAAAACUCAAGUGCCUGCAAUGCCUGUUUCAAUCACAUGCAUCAAUCCUGUUCCUGCCGUUGGAUUCCCAAAGCAGUAUGGUCCCGUGAAUGAUAGUAUUGAGCAAAAAAAUGCUGAUGCAAGUGGUGUUCCCCCAGCCAUCCCUCCAAGUAAAAAUAUUGCUGAAGUGGAAAUUCUGUCACAGUUGUCUAACCCUGGAAAACAAAAUUGUGGUGAUUCUAUUAAGGGUGCCUCCUCAGAACUUGUCAAGAGUGAUAAUCUAAUCCAUUUGCAGCCUGGUCAAAACACAGUGGUGAAUAAGGAUAACAAUGAAGAGGUAGCUAAGGAAAGGAAAAAUUCUGAAGAUGGUCAUAAAAGUACAAAAGAGAAUGGUCCACAAAACACAGACCAAAAUGCUAGGCCUGAUGAUGCCAAGCAAACAAAGGAGAUGAAAGGGAUUCGUACUUUUAAAUUUGCAUUGGCUGAGUUUGUUAAGGAGCUUCUGAAACCAGCAUGGAAAGAAGGUCAAAUAACUAAUAAAGAAGAUUAUAAAACCAUUGUGAAGAAAGUUCUUGAUAAAGUAACGGCUACCAUGCAGGCGGCUAAUAUUCCUCAGACACAAGAGAAAAUUGACCAAUAUUUGUCAUUUUCAAAACCAAAGCUAAACAAACUUGUACAGGCAUAUGUGGAAAAGGUUCAGAAGCCCCAGUGAAAUUACACAAUUUGGCUGCCAAAUUUACUAUUUAUUGUCUUCAAUGUGCACUAUUCCUUCUUACCUCUGGAAUUCUUUCGCCUUUUGUUUGUGUACCUUGUUCCUUAUCUUUGCAGCUGUUGCGGAUGUUUAAGAGCUUUCGUUUUUGUUUUUAAUAAUUUUUCUUUGUUUUUGUCGGAUGAAAUUGCCGAGUAUCUACUCCCGUUAGUUUGCAACUUAAAUGUCAGGCAAUUGGUAUGUAGUUUUUCUUUUCAAAACCAGUGAUCAUGAGACAUCCAUUUUUUUUUUCUUUUUUCUGAAAGACAGAUUGAUUCUUUCAUGCUUGGGUGUGUCGCCUUCAAGUCGAAAGUCUCAAUUGUCAGUAGUCGUGUGUUGUAAUCAUUCUAUUUGGUAUUUAUAACCAGAAACAUUAGGUAGUCCGAAUUUUUUAUAGCA